UGGAUUGAAAAACACAAUCGGACAGUGCUGAAUGAAUUUAUUCUCAUGGGAAUCACACACCGUCCUGUCCUGCAGUUUCCAUUAUUUGGGCUGUUCCUCAUCAUCGAUUUGAUCUCAGUGGUGGGCAACCUGGGCAUGAUCAUCCUCACCAAGGUGGACUCCAGGCUCCAAACACCCAUGAACUUCUUUCUCAAACACCUGGCUUUUACUGAUCUUGGUUAUUCAUCAACUGUAGGACCUAAAAUGUUAGUAAGUUUUAUUGUGGAAGAAAACACAAUUUCUUAUUAUUUUUGUGCCACACAAGGAGCUUUCUACAUUAUAUUCAUCAUCAGUGAGCUGUUCAUUCUGUCAGCAAUGUCCUAUGACCGCUACGUGGCCAUCUGUAACCCUCUGCUCUACCCUGUCAUCAUGUGCCAAAGGAUGUGUUACAUGCUGGUGGCAGUCCCCUACCUCUACAGCACAUUUGUGUCUCUUCUAAUCACUGGCAAGAUUUUUAGUUCAUUAUUCUGUGGUUACAAUAUUGUCAAUCAUUUCUACUGUGACAGUCUCCCCUUGUUAACUUUGCUUUGCUCGAAUACACAUGAAAUUGAAUUGAUGAUUUUGAUUUUCUCAGUUUUGGAUUUGAUUUCAUCUCUUUCGAUAGUUCUUGUGUCUUACCUGCUGAUCCUUGUAGCCAUCAUCAGGAUGAACUCAGCUGAGGGUAGGCACAAGGCGUUUUCCACCUGUGGGUCCCACCUGACAGUGGCCACAGUGUUCUAUGGGACUUUGUUAUUUAUGUAUGUGCAACCCGAGUCCAGUCAUUCCUUUGACACUGAUAAAGUGGAGUCCGUAUUUUAUACCCUCAUUAUCCCUAUGCUGAAUCCUUUGAUCUAUAGCUUGAGGAACAAAGAUGUAAAGUGUGCUUUACAUAGGAUAUGGAAAAAGUUAUGCAAUACCUUUUCUUAA